CCUGAAAAUUUUCAGAUUUUGCAGGAAUUUUAAAAUAUCCGAUAAGGUUUUGAAAUAAACUUAUUUCAUUUAUUUUUAAUGUUUCUUAAUCAUUCAAUUACAGAGGAAAGUCACUUAUGUAUUAAUAUUAUUAAAUUUAAAAGUUAUAAAAAAUAAUUAAACUAAAUAGAAUAAUAAUUUGUCUGUAAUGACACAAGCCUAGUUACUGGCAGUACAGAAUUUGAAAGUCAAUUAAGCAUGCAAUGUCAAUUGAAUACUAUACAUAUUGUUUUGUUACUAAUUUUUUAAGUAAAGACUACUGAAUCAUAAAAGAAAAUGUGGUUGUGUAUAUCAUAUUAUUGCUAAUUAAUUGAUUUUGCAUUAUCAAGAAAAAAUAAUCACAAAAAUAAUUUUGUAAGAUGCUAUUUAAAUUUAAAAUCCUAAGAAUUUCCCUGAGUAUGUCAUUAAAAUCCAAUGAAAAUAUGAUGAUCAAAAAUAUGAUUCUCAAGGAUGAAAAUUCGCCGAAAUUUCCAGGAUUUUCGGAUUUUUUUCAGCAAUAAAUCUUCCGAUGAUUACGUAUUAUUCGCAGCUGAUUUGACGUCGACGCGUGACGUCGUUUGUCUUCAUUUAAAAUUAAUCUGGCAUCACUACCUAAACGUUAUCCAAUUCCCGUGGCAGAGAAAACGAUAGCUCACACGUUGCGCGCGACAACGUAAGUAAAUACGUCAGUGACAAACGGUGGCGGCGGCAUCGCGAGGUUAUAUCUUGUCUUUUUUAUCGUUAUUGUGAUAACUUCUCCGAGAAAUUCGGAGAACGACUGAACGAGAGAAACCGUCAAGAAAAAAAGCAUGGAAAAAAAGAGAGAGAGAGAGAGAGAGAGAGAGAGGCGCUUCGUGCCGGGACGCGGAUCCGCGCGUAACGGCGCUCGGCGCGCGCGAAGCUCGUGACCUUCGUCGUCGCGCAACGGACACAUCGCCGACGAUAUCGUACGAUUCGCGCGGGGUCGUGAAAGCUUUCGAGCUACGAAAGCCACAGUGGUGGACUGUAAUUGCCCCUACACUACAGUCUUUAAACUAGUGAAUUGUGGUACUUUGUCCCUGGAGGGACGGAAAUCCAUUGGGCCCGAAAGAAGAAGAAGAAGAAUACACCGUACGCCAUAAUGCACGCAUGAGCACGCGGUGAUUCUAACCUAUAAUAUACGUAAUUUUUAUGGUCAGGAGAGACUGCGAGUCACAAUUAAAAUCUUAAGCAGUGUUCUUAUUAAGAAGAUCAGAAAAGUGAUGUAGAAUUAUUAUAAAAUUAUAAUAUUGUAAAAUUAAUAUUGUAAUAUUGUAAAUUGGAAGGAGAAAUUAUAUUCUAAUCUAAAAGAUAUCUACGAUUGACCUAAUCCUUUUCAUUCGAUCUGAAUUCCAAAAACAAAAAAUUAGAUUUUUCGUGUAUUCUAUGAAUCAUAAAUCAAUUUAAAUAUAAAUGUAUAGUCGAAAUCUGUGAUUGACUUUUACGAAAAAAAAAUGAGUAAACUCUAUGGACAAAGAAAUGAUAAAGGGAAGAAGUUAUCUUGGAUGUAUCGGAAGAAGGCUAAAUUGAGAAGGGCAAAAAAUGCUGAAACAAAAGUACCUGAUACUGCAAACGCAAAUGGUCAAAAUUCCCGAAUAAUUGUUCGGAAUUUACCUUUUAAGGCAACAGAAGAGGACGUGAGAAGAUUUUAUGAACCAUUUGGUGAAAUCAAGGAAAUAAAUCUUUUGAAGCGUUCAGAUGGGAAUCCAGUGGGAUGUGGUUUUAUAUAUUUUAAGCGUGUCGAAGAUGCUUCAAAAGCGAUAUUUAAUACUAAUAAAAAGGAAUUUCUUGGAAGAACUAUACACAGUGACUGGGCUAUAUCAAAAUCUAAAUUUUGUGAGAAACUCGAGAAAGAUCUCGCAGAAAAUUACGAAACUGAUAGAGAUGAACAGCAGUCUUCUCAGAAUGUUCAGGAAGAUGAUGACGGACACACACAUACUGAGAAAAAAAUUAGAAAAAAGGAUAAUUUAAAAAAGCAAAGGAGAAAAAAGUUUCUCAAAAUGAAAAAACAGAAAAAACGAGCCAGGAUAGUAAUAAGAAAUUUAGCUUUUCAGGUUACGGAAGAUAAUUUAAAGGAACAUUUUUCUCAAUAUGGUGAAGUAGAUGAAAUAAAAAUUUUAACUCGACCUGAUGGUAAACAGACUGGAGUUGCUUUUGUGCAAUAUAAUAUUGUACAAAAUGCAGCGAAAGCUAUACGUUAUGCAAAUAUGAAACCUUUCUUGAACAGACCUAUGAUAGUCGAUUGGGCUGUUCCUAAAACUAAAUUUUCGCAGAAUAGCACAGAUGUAAAACCCGAGAUCAAAACUGAACCUAUUGAUGAAGAUCAAAUGCAUGAUACUGCACAAAUAGAAACAUCUGCAAAUAACAUUAAUGAUUCGAAUGCUGAGUUAUAUAGAGAAAUUAUAAUGGAUAGUACAAAAUUAGACGAAUCUGACGAAGAAAAAGUAAAAAUGCAUGAAGAAGAGGACACUGACAAUGAAGAUGAGAAUGAUGAUAGUAAUGAUGAUAAUGUCAGUGUUGUAAUUGACAAGGAAGAAGAAAACAGUGAGGAAGAAGAGAAUCAUUCAGACGUGAAACGUUCAUCAAAACGAAUAUCCAACGACGUUGACGAGGGAAGAACAAUUUUUUUAAAGAAUGUACCGUUUUCUGUUAAAAAUGAUGAACUUAAAAGAUACAUGGAACAAUUUGGGCCUGUUUAUUAUGCUCUUGUGUGCAUUGAUCCUCUGACCGAAUAUUCUAGAGGCACUGCUUUUGUUAAGUUUCAGCGUGUUGAAGAUGCCGAAAAAUGUUUAUCAGCUGGAACUCAAUUAUGUCUGCGUGAUCAAACAAUUGAAGCUCACAAAGCGUUGCACAGAAAAGAAGUUGAAGAUAAAAAUAAUUUGAAAAAGCAAAAGAUCAAAGAUUCUAGGAAUUUAUAUCUUAUUAAGGAAGGAGUUAUACUGGCCAAAAGUCCAGCUGCGGCGGAAGUAUCGGUAUCUGAUAUGGAAAAACGUUUGAAAUUAGAACAAUGGAAAUCACAGAUGUUGCGUAAUUUAAAUAUGUUCGUAUCGAGAGUACGACUUGUGGUUCAUAACUUACCCCCCAAUUUUGAUGACGCAAAACUCAGACAGUUGUUUAAAAAUCACAGCGGACCUAAGGCUGUAAUUAAGGAGGCGCGAGUUAUGCGUGAUUUGAAAAAUAUUGAUGCAACUGGAAAAGGAAAGUCGAAGGAGUAUGGUUUUGUUGCGUUCACUACUCACGAAGACGCGCUUAAAGCUUUGAGGAGUAUAAAUAACAACCCAAAUAUAUUCUCCAAAAGCAGAAGACCUAUAAUUGGAUUCUCAAUAGAGAAUCGUAUCUUGGUAAACGUGAAGGAAAGAAGACUUCAAAAAAGUCGUGAGCGCAAUUCCUUGUGGUCUGGAAACAAAAAUAAAAGAGAACAUGCGGAUGGAACCAAGGAUGAAGUUUCAGUUAAACGAGUUAAAGUUAGAAAAUCAAAUGAUUUAGAUGAAAAACCGUAUGCAGGCAUGAUUGGCAAAGUAGGUUAUGAUAAACUGAGGUCAAAUUUCAAUCUCAAGUCACAAGCAGAAUUGCAUACGCGGACUGUAAAAAAACAGAAGAAAUUGAAGAAAACGACGAAGCAAUUGGAGAUUGUAAAAAAAGAAAAGAUAAAGAGAAAACAGGACAACAUUCCGAAAAAAACAAAGAAACUUGAUGCAGAUGAUGAAAACUUGAACAAGCUUCUAAAUAAUUAUAGAAAUAAAUUGAAAGGAAUUGAUUAUAAAAAGUCGAAGUGGUAUGAAUCUUCGACUGGAUCUUAAUGUGUAUUAAAAAUAUUUAAAAUAUUACUAAAUAUUUAAUUAUUUAGUAUAUGUAUGUAUCUACUGUUUUGUAUUAUAUGAACUAAACGAAUGAUUUAAUAAUUGGGAA